CGCGGCUCAUGCGCACGGAGCGGUACGGGCGAUUCACGCAUCCAAAAUGGCGGCCGCGAUGGAUGUAGAUACCCCUAGCGGCACUAACAGCGGCGCCGGCAAGAAGCGUUUCGAAGUGAAGAAAUGGAAUGCAGUAGCUCUGUGGGCAUGGGACAUUGUGGUUGAUAACUGUGCCAUUUGCAGAAACCAUAUUAUGGAUCUAUGCAUAGAAUGUCAAGCAAACCAAGCAUCAGCUACCUCUGAAGAGUGCACAGUUGCAUGGGGUGUCUGCAAUCAUGCUUUCCACUUCCACUGCAUCUCUCGCUGGCUCAAAACUCGCCAAGUAUGCCCACUGGACAACAGGGAAUGGGAGUUUCAAAAGUAUGGACAUUAGAGAGAUGUUCACCAAGCUUCGUGUUACGUUGUCAGCCUGGAUUGUUCAUGUUACUAUGAGUUUGUUUUAGCAAUUUGAAAAAUAUGUGUACUAUUCUGCUUCAACCUGAAUAUCUUUCUGUGGUACACCAUUGAAUAAAAUCUUAUUGGAGCUUCGUCUCUA